UAGUCCGAUCCAGCGUAAUCGCUAUCGACAUCAAUUUUUGUGUAGAUUUUUGCGGUUUUUUAUGGUGUUUGCGUGCGGUCAGUUUCCUCGCAUUUAUCUAGUGUUCAGAAAAAAGAAAAGUGGCCCAAUGUAGCCCCGAUUUCGAGCAGUAUUCGUAGUAGAAGUUGUGGCUCCUUGGUAGUACCCAGUAGUACCUAAUCGCAAGCAUGACAAUGAGUGUGGAAGCUCAGGUUAUGCGCUACAUAGACAACGUCUUGAAAAAUGACACCCUCGAAGAAGUAUUCAACUGCUUCAUCAUCCACUCCCAAGAAAUGCAGGAGUAUAAAGAGAGGACCUACCAAGAAGACAUACGGACCCUGUUCUCCAACAUACCCCAGGAUGGCGUGGAAGUGGCACUCAAGCACUACGUUGCCGUUGUUGCAACUCUGAGCAACCACCGGCAAAAGCAAACGUUGCUCUACCUUUUGCAUCACGCAGUCACUUCAAACGUCGUCCAGGCAAAGCCAGUAUGUGAUGCCCUAUUAUCAACCGAAAAAUUCACCUACACAAAUGAGGAGUACUGGUGCCAAGCUCUUGCCUUAAUCAGGAAAAUAAUUUCCGGAAUUGAUUACAAGGGCGUCCGUGAUUUGCUGAAGGUGAUAUUUGGCAAGGCCUUGUCAAUACCAUCUUCAGUAAAUGUAUCUGUUAUGAGGCAGCUGAAUGCCCUGACAGACGUGAUUGAGCACAGUUUGGACAGGAACGCUGCCCUUCUGCCAAGUUACCUCAUUCUGGACGAUGUUCAGAAGAGAUCACUUCCCAAAGGAAAAUGGCCUCACUGGAAGUUUGCCAAACUGGUUGCUAAUUUCAUUGACAGCUUUCAACCAUGUGCUCAAAUGGUUACCAUUGUGGGUCGUUCAAAACUACAACCAGUUGUUGGCCAUUCUGGAACUGGUUGCUCGAUUUGGAAACUGGAUCCCGUGACAGCAAAGUUCACAAUGAAGGGCCAGUUGCCGUACAGCAGUGAGGUGCAGAAGCCACAAAACGACUUGUUGCGAUAUGUCCUAGAGCAGCCCUAUUCCAGAGAAAUGGUCUGCAGCAUGCUUGGCCUGUCUAAGCAACAAAAACACCGAUGCCCUGUGCUGGAAGAGCAGCUCGUGGAGCUCAUUGUAGUGGCCAUGGAAAAAUCCGAGGCUGACGCAGAAGGUCUGGAGGAUGGCGGUCCCAUCCAGCUGUUUUGGCAGAACUUGUCCAGCCAGCUCAUAUAUUUUGUACUCUUUCAAUAUGCGAGCUUCCCCCACAUGGUAUUGGCUUUGCACGACAAGCUGGUCGGGAGGAACCUUCGUAAAGGAAGAGACCAUCUCAUGUGGGUUCUGCUGCAAUUCAUAUCGGGCAGUAUCCAGAAAAACCCUCUGAACGAUUUUCUACCUGUGAUGAAGCUGUAUGACCUACUCUACCCUGAAAAGGAACCCCUCCCAUUUCCUGAUGUGAAUAAACCCCACUGCACACGAGUUUUGGCCAUCACUUCUAUAUGGGUACACCUGAUGCGCAAGGCUCAACAGGAGAAGGUGCGGCUUCAGAGGCCUCUGCCUCAGGCACUGCAGACACAUCUUGAGUACCUACAGCAGUGGUUUGUAACAAAUCAGUCUACUAUGAACUUUGGAAAUGACUACUGGAUCUCCCUGCUGUGCAAUGCAUACAGCACAAACCAAGACUAUUUCACUCGUCCUAUGGGAGUUCUGGUGGAAGCCAUUCAGGGCAAUCAAAGAAGCCAGUCUUCCAUGUCAUCUUCUAGCUCCGGUCAGAACAACCCCACCCAUCCCCUGGGCAUGAACGUUCUCGACUCCCUCACCGUACACACCAAGAUGAGCCUGAUCCACAACGUGGUGACGCACGUGAUGAAAAUGGCCCCAGCGAAGUCCUCAAUAUCACUUACGCCAGCUCUGGUAGAGACCUACAGUCGGCUGCUGGUGUACAAUGAGAUUGAGUCGCUCGGGAUCAAGGGGUUCAUCAGCCACCUACUGCCCACUGUCUUUCGUCAACAAGCGUGGGGCAUUCUUCACACCCUGCUUGAGAUGUUCAGCUAUCGUCUCCACCACAUUCAACCACACUACCGAGUUCAGCUGCUCUCACACCUGCAUAGCCUAGCUGCUGUCCCACAGACCAAUCAGACACAACUUCACCUUUGUGUGGAAAGUACAGCAUUGAAGUUGAUCACAGGCCUUGGAAGUGCAGAGGUUCAGCCACAGCUUUCACGCUUCCAGAACGAGCCAAAGAGCAUGCUGUCCUCUGAGUCCGAGGAACUUAACAAGGCUCUCAUCCUCACCUUGGCUAGGGCAAUACAUGUGACAGGGUCUGAAUCUCUAUCGAUGACCUGGUGCAAGGAGAUCCUGACCACCAUCAUGCAGAACACCCCUCAUAGCUGGUCAGGCCAGACGCUUUCUAGUUUCCCCAAAUCUCUGAACGAAUUCUUCAACCAACACCAAGCACAGAGAGAAAAUAAGGCUCAGCUGAAACGGUCCGUUGAAGAAGAGUACCGCAAAUGGAAAACUAUGAGCAAUGAGAAUGAUAUCAUUGCCCACUUUUCGCAGCAGGGAACUCCCCAUCUGUUCCUCUGCUUGCUGUGGAAAAUGUUGCUGGAAAAUGACCGUAUCAGUCCACUUGCGUACAAAAUUUUAGAUAGAAUUGGAGCUCGAGCUCUCUCAUCCCAUCUGAGGACAUUUGCCGACUUUCUUGUCUUCGAAGUGUCCAAUUCAGUUGGUGGACAACACGUUAAUAAGUGCAUCGACGCCUUGAACGAUCUCAUCUGGAAGUGCCAUGUGAUCUCCUUGGACAGGUUGAUUCUGUGCUUAGCACUGCGCAGCUUUGAAGGAAAUGAAAUUCAAGUCUGCUUCUUCAUUAUUCAAAUGCUGUUGAUCAGACCCUCCGAGUUCAAGAAUCGUGUCUCGGACUUUGUUAAGGACAAUUCACCCGAGCAUUGGAAGCAAACUGACUGGCAUGAAAAGCACCUAGCAUUCCACAGGAAAUACCCAGAGAAGUUCUAUUUUGAAGGGCUCCAGGACUUGAGCAGCCAAAGUCAACAGCACACCUAUCUACCCGUUUACUUUGGAAACAUAUGCUUGAGAUUCUUGCCUGUCAUGGACAUUGUGAUUCAUCGGUUCCUCGAGCUAUACCCAGUGGCGACCAUUUCUGUCGAGUCACUUCUGGAUCAUCUCGGAUGUCUCUACAAGUUUCAUGAUCGGCCAUUGACGUACUUGUACAACACUCUUCACUACUAUGAGCAGAAGCUCAAAGAUCGCCCUCCAUUGAAGAAGAAAUUGGUUGCAUCUAUCACUGGCGCUCUUCAAGACAUCCGCUCAGAAAACUGGGCAUUGAGCGAAGCCUAUAGUAGUUAUCUACAGAGGCCACCUGAGGAUACCUCAUGGGUGCCAGAGCUUGACUACUACAUCAGCUUGGUUCGCAGAAUGGCUGACACCAUGGCAGGUAAAUCCCCAUUUCCACACAUGGACUGGCGAUUCAAUGAGUUUCCCAACCCGGCCGCUCAUGCACUGCAUGUCACCUGCAUAGAGCUCAUGUCCCUACCAGUUUCGGCAGCAGUUGUGGGUAACAAUCUCCUAGAUGUUGUCUUGAAAGGGCACACAGCCCUCCCACGCAGCGGCAUUGAAAACUGGAUGAAUGCCAUAGGCCUGAUCCUUACCGCACUUCCCGAAUCGUACUGGGCUGUGCUCAACGAUCGCAUCCUCACGAUGCUCCAAGGCCCAGGGCUCGCAUCCUCGGGACAGAACAUCUUCCAGUUGCUAAACUUCUCUUCGAAUCACAAUAGCAUUACGGAGGUGCAGUGCUGCUACCUGAUGGCUCUCGUACAUGCAGUGUGGUACCAUGCCAGCAUUGGACAGAUCAGUCAGAUUCCACAGUUAAUACAUGAACGGCUAAAGCCAGUGAUCAAGACAGAAGAGCAGUUCCUGUUUCUUUGCCACCUAGUUGCACCUUUCUUUCAAAGAAUAGUCACGGAACGCACUCGCUGUGUUAUGGAUAUAACGAAGGAACUGUACGAGAUAUUAGAAAACGUCGACAAGAACUGCGAGCAGCUCAACUAUAUGGACCAGAUAACAGAUCUGUUCUACCACAUCAAGUACAUGUUCACUGGCGACUCGGUAAAAGCGGACGUGGAGCGAACUAUCCGUAACCUGCGGCCAGCUUUGCAGCUGCGCCUACGGUUCAUCACACAUCUCAACAUAGAGGAAGUCAACGUUACAUGAAAGCCACGAGCGUCCUAGUGUCACAUUAAUUCAUGCACAGUUGAACAUUUUCAUGAAAGUGUCUCGCCCGUCGUUACAUCUUACACAUAUUAUUUGGCCAUCACUGCUCGAACACCGACUUUUUACAUGCCUUGUAGCAGGGAUUCUCUCAGCUACCCUUCCUAUGCACACACCAUACAGAAUUGCAGCUCACUAGUGAGUAUGCAAAAGCCUAUAGCAUACAGAGGUGGAUGUCAUAAAGGGCUUGGCCUCUAGUUUGCAGCCACAUAAAAUAUGUGAACACAGUUUGUAUAUCCAAAUGAUUCGAUGGUGCAACAAAACAAACAAGCACCUCCUAGAGACAGUAAUAAUGGUGACGUCACGGCAACAACAGCCAUCCUAAGGCACUUCCAUUGUCUUCCCAGUUCAGAACAUCAGCACUACGCUUGCUGAGGAACUUCUGUCUGUUUGUUUCUCAUCUAUUUAUUUCGACCUACUCCCCCUCCACCUUGGCAACACGCAUGAAAGACACUUCUCAGAGUGUCCAGCCUCACUCAUCCAUCCUCAUUCAUUCACUUCGGUUUCAUCUGCGAGAGUGUAUCCACACAAUCGUCCUCAAUCUUCUGGUCAAUGAGGUACAUGAUAUGAGUUCCUUGUGCCACUAACUUUCGUGAUAACUUCUCCACAAUGUCCAUUUCAGUAAACAUUAAUGUCUUGCCAGUACGUAGCACCUUGGUUUCGAGAAGGAUCGUUUCACCCAUUCUAGCAGGGGAAAGGAACCUGAAAGGGGAAAGGAAAAAGAAGUUCUGUCAUAUCUACAAUGAAGUGUUUUCUCUCUUUUCGUGAGGCUCAUCCACAGUACAUCAUUAUCAUCAUCAUUGUCGAUACUGUGUGUUUUUUUGGUGGACGUUGUGAGUACCGGAGGCAGCGUUGCUUGCUAUUGGUGGUCAGCUGUGUGAAAAUAAAGGCCCAUUCAUUUACA